AUGGCCGUUGGUGUUGAUGAAGAGGAGGAGGGAGAUGAGGAAGAUGCUGACGACGACGAUGACGACAACGACGGAGACGAUAAAGACUCUGCCAACCUCGCCCUAGAGCGAGUCACUGGUCCCACAGACACACCAUCCAGUGGUUUUUUCGGUGGCCGGCCACGCUUUUUUCCACCGGAGAUGGACACACCGGAUGACGGUACCAAGGAAGUCAAAGAAGACGAAACCGCAGAUACCAACGGUGAUGAUCGGACAGAAGGAAGAGACGGCAAAGACGAAGGCAAUGACGAACAAGCCGAUGCCGACGAAGAAGACAACGACACCAAGUCACAGAGGUACGUGUGGGAGUGUCAUGCCUUGGGGCUAGACAUGUCAAAGGCAUUUGACACCAUCAACAGAGCCAAGCUCCUGGAUGUUAUGAGCUCGUUCCUUGGCCGCGAUGAAGUGCACAUGAUACAGCAUCUUCUGUAUGGCACCACCAUAUCUGUUCGUAUGUGCAGCUCCACUUCCAAGGCAUUCCAUACCACCAUCGGCACGCCCCAGGGGGACAGUCUAAGUCCCGUGCUGUUCGUCUGUUACCUUGAAGCCGCCCUGCAAGAAUGUCGCCCAAGACUCUCACAGCGACCUAUAACUGAUGGAGGCAUCCCUCCAGAAACCGGGUACGCUGAUAACAUAACGUUCUACUCUACCAGUAAACCUAGGCUCGAGGAAUCACUACCCGUCAUAUCCUCGACACUGCAGUCUUGGAACCUAAACGUAAAUGAGCCAAAAACGGAAUGUGGGCACUUUACGUCAGGCGAUUCAUUCUGGCGGAGCGUCAGGCAGCUUGACUCUCUAAUGGGAAGCGCUGAGGAUAUCGACAGGCGGAUUUCGCUGGCAUCCCAGGCAUACGGCAGUAUGUGCAGCCUCUGGCUGCGGCGCAAGCAUGUGUCAGAGAGGUCCAGGCUCAAGCUGUACAGCUCGCUGGUGCUGCCUGUCCUCCUUUACAACUGUGAGACUUGGGGAGUACCCCAGGCAGUCUUUCAGCGACUGGACUGUUUUCACCGCCGACAGCUCAGAAACCUGGUGGGAUUGCUAUAUCCAGACAGAAUUACGAAUGGUGAUCUGUAUUCCAGAUGUGGCUCGCAGCCACUGUCGGAGCUUGUUGCCAAGCAACGCCGUAGCCUCACUGGCCAUGUGCUUAGGAUGAGUGAGCAGUCACCGCCUUGCCUUGCGAUGUCCUCCUAUUUUUAA